GGACUGGAUGCUACGUAGACCCUGGGUGUCAAACUCAGUUUCACCGAGGUGAUGAUGACGAUGUUGAUGAUGAUGGUGAUGAGGUCAUAGUGUGACAUGACCACCACUGUCCACUUGCAGACCUUUUUCGUUCUGCAGCCGAGGCCGGGCCCCACGACAUCCUGAAGCUGUACAACCCCAGAGGAAACAUCAUCAACAUCUGCCCAGGUCUAGAACCCAACAGUCCAGACUCUCUGUACAAGCUGGAAGUGUUAGCUGCCAACUGCCACAGUGAGCCAUUAGGUGUGCAGCUCAGUGGAGCAGUGGGCUUUGACCUCUCAUCUAUGGAGAAAAGACUGCAGGGCCUGGAGAAGAAGAUCCUGUUUGAAGCCACAGAGACUCCAGCCGUCGUCCAUGAAAUGAAGCAGCAGGUGGAUUUAUUCCGGGAGAAACUCGAGAGCAUGGAGCAUCUGAGCUGGCUCGGCCUCUUCAAAGAUCUGUCAGAACGAACUCAAAAGGCAUCGCCAUUCUACCACAAGAGGGCGCUGAGGAAAACGCCAGAGGAGUGUGAGCAUGUGCGGGAAAAGUACCUACAGAUGAGCAGUUCUCUGGAGGUAUCGGAAGAAGUGAGGCAGUACCUGAAGACCCCGACCUUCGAUAACUGGCAGUGGGAGGACGCAGAGAUCAUGGUCCUGCUGCAGCUGAUGUACUCUGAUCUAGAUUUCAUCACCACGUUCAAGAUCUCCCCUGAAGUACUGCAACAGUUCCUGUUUGAGGUCUACAGACGAUACAACAACAUCCCAUUCCACAACUUCAAACACUGCUUCUGUGUUACCCAAAUGAUGUAUGGUUUGAUCUGGCUCACUGACCUGAGAACUAAGAUGGACAGCAUUGACCUGCUCAUCAUGUUGACCUCUGCGGUGUGCCACGACCUUGACCAUACAGGAUACAACAACACCUACCAGAUCAACGCUCGAACUGAACUUGCUCUACGCUACAACGACAUCUCUCCGCUGGAGAACCAUCACUGCGCUGUGGCUUUUGAGAUCCUGGAAAAGACCGAGAGCAACAUCUUCAGAAACGUGACGACAGACCAGUACAAACGGAUCAGAGAGGGAAUCAUCAACUGUAUUCUGGCCACUGACAUGACCCGACACAGUGACAUCCUCAGUAGAUUUCAGUCCAUCCUGCCGACCUUCGACUUCAACAACAAGGAGCAUAAAGACGUGUUAAUGAUGAUACUGAUCAAAGUGAGCGACAUUUCCAAUGAGGCUCGACCAAUGGAGGUGGCCGAGCCCUGGUUGGACUGUCUGCUGCAGGAAUUCUACAACCAGAGUGACGCUGAGAAGCUGGAGGGUCUCCCAGUGACGCCCUUCAUGGACCCAGAAAAAAUAACAAAACCUUCAUCUCAAACGGGAUUCAUAGGUUUCGUCCUUCUGCCCCUCUUCAUUGAACUGGCCAAUCUCUUCCCCUGUUUGGAGCAGCACAUCGUCGACCCAGUGCGUAAAGCCCUCAGCUACUACACUGAGAUGGAGAAGGCCUACGAGAGAGAGAAGAAGAACCGAGGCCAGAGUGUGAACGUCUCCAAGAACAAGGAAGACUCUGUGGACGCCACAGGCUCAGCUUAGAGCGGUCUUUGUCAGAGCUCCCUCUGGAGGAGGCAACACCAACAGAGUUGGACAGCGGGGUCAAUGUUUCUUGUCGUUGUUGCCCCAUCCUCUGGACACAGACCCUCACACAGGGCAUUAACAACCUACCGUAUACUGAGUCAUUUUUUA